AUGGAUUAUGUGUCUGCGGGAGUCAGGCUUCUAACGAGGCCCUCGUCGUCGCAGAGCCCCGCGGGGCUGGGAGACACCAAGGAGACGACGUUCUGCAACGUCACCGAGGACGCCUCCGCCUCCGACCCCAGGAAAGUGUUUUACAGGAUCAGCCUGGACAACUCUCUGCUGGAGAUCCAGCUGGGGAAGACGGCCACCUGGCUGCCGGUGUGCUACGAGGGCUGGAACUCCUCCCUGGGCACGCUGGUCUGCCGCCAGCUGGGCUAUUUGAGGCUGACCAAAGACAAAGGAGUGAACCUGACUGACGUCGGGCCCCUCUACACUGACGGCUUCGUCCAAAUCACCGCAGAGCACAAGAGCAGUCUGGAAAGUUUAUGGCAAUUUAGGGGGAGCUGUAGCACAGGGAAGGUCAUAGCGUUGAAAUGUUUUGAGUGUGGAACCCGAGCAAAGCUGCCCAGGAUCAUAGGAGGAGGGGAGGCUCCACUGGGGAGGUGGCCCUGGCAGGUGAGCCUGUACUACAGCAACCGCCACACCUGCGGGGGAUCCAUCAUCACCAGCCAAUGGGUGGUCACAGCCGCCCAUUGUGUGCACAACUACCGGCUACCUCAGGUGUCCAGCUGGAUGGUGUACGCGGGCAUGGUGACCCGCACCACCAGUAAGAUGGCCCAGGACACGGGCUACGCCGUGGAGAAGAUCGUCUACAGCCGCAACUACAACCACCGCAGCCACGACAGCGACAUCGCCCUCAUGAAGCUGCGGACGCCGCUCAACUUCUCCGACAUCAUUCGGCCCGUGUGCCUGCCCAAAUACAACUUUGAUUUUCCGGGGGGAACCCAGUGCUGGAUCUCUGGAUGGGGGUACACACAGCCUGACAACGUGUACAUCCCGGACACCCUGAAGGAGGCCGCCGUCCCCCUCAUCAGCACCAAGCGCUGCAACAGCUCCUGCAUGUACGACGGGGAGAUCACCGCCCGCAUGCUCUGUGCCGGCUACUCCGAGGGCAAGGUGGACGCCUGUCAGGGCGACAGCGGGGGGCCCCUGGUGUGCCAGGACGAGGGUGUGUGGCGGCUGGUGGGCGUGGUCAGCUGGGGGACGGGCUGCGCAGAGCCCAACCACCCCGGGGUCUACACCAAGGUUGCCGAGUUCCUGGGCUGGAUCUACGACAUGAUGGAGAAGUAUUGAGGAUGAGGAAAUGGAAGACGGACAAAAUGCUGGGAUCAACAUAAGGGAAAACAAAGCUACCGAUAUUUUAUAUUUGAACACCAUAGUCAAACAGUUUUUGCUAUUCAUGUAAUAUAAUGUACAUUAAACCACAUUUGUGCAGUAUAUAUUAUAUAUAUAUUAAAGCCAGAUAUUUCUUUCUGUUAUAUUUUUCAUGUCAUGAAAAUAAAUA